CAAUCACCGUGUUGUAACCUUGCUUUAGUCUGUGACCUAUAUUUCAAAGAAAGCGUCGGUCGGCUCAUUUAGUCAUGAAGUGUUUCCUAUGUUUGACUGCUUUUUUUGUAGUCGUUGUUGGUGAUUCUGGUUUCAGAAAGUGGUCAAAUCUCGAGCCUUCAUUACCUCUGGGUAGACUUUUUGAGCAACAGGUUAAAGAGGGUUUGCCUGGCUCUGUAAAUGUUGAGCUGCUUGACGACAUUAUUGCAGCUUGGAAAUUUUUCAAAGUUCAGUUCAAACGAGCUUAUAAUGGUAUUCAUGAGGAAACAAGGCGAUUCUUUAUAUUCUCGGCUAAUUUCGCCAAGAUGAUGGAGCACAACCACGCCUUUCAAGAAGGCAAGGUGACAUACAAAAUGGGUGUCAAUGAAUUUACUGAUAAAACUGACUAUGAACUUAAAAAGUUGCGUGGAUAUAAAGUCACUAGUGGUGCUAUCAGACAUAAAGGGUCGAUGUAUAUUAGGUCACAACAUACUAAACUCCCGAGCAAGGUUGAUUGGCGAAAAGAAGGGGCAGUAACCGAUGUAAAAAAUCAAGGCCAAUGUGGUUCAUGUUGGGCAUUCUCUACAACGGGAGCUAUAGAAGGUCAACACUAUCGUAAAACUAACCGUCUAGUUAAUUUGUCCGAGCAGCAAUUGGUUGAUUGUAGCAAGAGUUAUGGAAAUAAUGGUUGUUCUGGUGGUCUAAUGAAUUCGGCGUUUGAAUAUGUCCGCGACAAUGAAGGCAUUGAUUCUGAGAUUUCCUAUCCAUAUAUAUCUGGUGAUGGAACGGAAAAUAAUAGAUGUUUAUUCAAUGCUUCAAACAUUUUAGCUCAGGUUACAGGCUAUGUAACCAUUCACGAAGGUGACGAGCGUGCAUUAAUGGAUGCUGUGGCGACAAAAGGUCCUGUUUCAGUUGCCAUUAAUGCUGGUCUUCCCAGUUUUUCUAUGUACAAAUCAGGCAUCUAUUCAGAUACUGAUUGUGAAGGCACGUUAGAUGAACUUGAUCAUGGGGUUCUGGUGGUGGGUUAUGGAGAAGAAAAUGGUCGGUCAUAUUGGCUUAUAAAGAAUAGUUGGGGUGAAGAGUGGGGUGAAAAAGGUUAUAUUAAAAUCUCAAAGGAUUCUCAUAAUAUGUGUGGUGUUGCCAGUGCAGCUUCAUACCCUCUAGUAUGAAAUAUUUGUUUGCAGAUGUUAACAUUUUAAGAAAAUAAUACAAUCUCGAUUUUUGAUUUUUAUGCAGGACUUAUUUGAUGUACAUAAUCUCAUAUUCCGUUGAUAAUUUAUUUGUAUUCCCUUUUGUAUAACUUGUUUGUAAUCAAUCUGAUUUUCUCCACCC